AUGGCAUCCAGCAGAAGCGCCUACGGUUCCCAGCAGCUGGUAGUGCUCGCCGUCCUUGUCUCCUUGGCGUUGCUCCCACUUCUGGGCAUGGCGGCCUCGACGGCGACGUAUCCCACCGGCAGCUUCUGCUCCGAGAUCAGCGACAGCAACUUCAUCGCCAGGCGGCGCAGCGUCAACUCCCUCCUCGCCGGCCUCACCGCCAAGGCGCGCUCCAACGGCGGCUUCGCCACCUCCUCCGCCGGCAGGGGCGACGCCGUCUUCUACGGCCUCGCGCAGUGCCGCGGCGACGUCUCCGCCGGCGACUGCGACGCCUGCCUCGCCGCGGCCGCCAAGCAGAUCGUCUCCUACUGCGGCAACUACACGUCGGACGCCAGGCUGUGGAAAAUAUUAGAAGGGGAGAAACUAUAUGAUUUGUUGUCUUCUGUUGUACAUUACACUGACCCUCAUGCUGCCAAAGCCCAUGGUUAG